GCCCAAAGCGGUCGCUAGGGGGAGCUAGAACUCGUAAUCCGCAGUUGCGCAUGUUGGUUGCACGUCAAUAUAAACAAGAAAGAAGUCCACAAUCGAGUCUUCAACAUACAUUUAUAUAUGUAUAGUACGAUACGCAACUCCAGGCAGGCAGUAGUGCUCGGUUUGCGCACACUGCUUGAGUUAUUCGAGGCCGAUUGUGUUACAAUUUGACGCAUAAAAUCCGUAGCGUUUCUGCGGGUAAUGAUCGAUUCGCGUAAUUUACUUUAUACACGCUUAAUUUUAGAUAAAGUUUGUACAGUGAAAAAGGAUUGUGACUGCAUAAUCUUAGUGCUAAUGAUCAAAUCGAUGACAUAAAGCAGUUGAAGUUCAUUCCAUGAGCUACAUUUUGAUUGAGAUCAUUCGCUGAUAAUUUUUUUUUUAUGUAGCCACUAAUGUCAAAUAGUGUAAAAUGUGUAUUGUGGGUAGGAUCUUUUUAAAACAGGAAAAAUUUUACGAAGUGAAGGGGUAGGUAAUAAUAAUUUUAGUAAUCGCCCUUAAAUUGAAAUAGUUGUCACGAUGCCUUCGCACAGUCAAGAAAUAAACGUGGAUCUAAAUCCCAACGAAGAAGGUACUAUCAAGACUGAAACGAAAGAUGGCACCAAGGAGGACGUUAAAUAUGUGGCCUCCGAUGUAGUUAAUAAUGGAGCACCGGCAGGGUUGAACGCGGACCAGAGGCUAGCUUUUGCCCUAAGAGAUUUUUUGGUGGAUGGUUCCUCGAAUAUGGUUUUGGAGGAGGACGGGCCGUCUCCGUCCGAUCUCGCCGAUUCCAAACUGCCUUAUAUAGAUGAAACCGUAGAUACCGAAGUGGAAACUAACCAAUCAGACGGGGAACUACCUCAAAAGCAUGAAACGGACGAAGUUCUGAAUAACGCUGCUUGUCGGUUGAGAAGAUGGCGGGCGGCAUCUCGUAAGCUACGUCGACCGCGCAUUAUAAACAAUUUGAGUAGUGACGAUGCCGGUCACGGUGCUGUGAAGAAUUUGAAUGCCGGGCAUACUGAUCUCGCAGACCGGCUGCGAAGCUUGGCUGCGGCCAGCCACAUGUCGGCGUCGGCUGGCGAGCUGCUCUCGCUGGCUCCUCCGCCGCCGGCCGCCACCGCGCCGCCGUCGCCCGGCUGUCUGCUCACACCUUCCUUGGCAGAUCAAAGUGCGGCUGAAUAUUUUGGUUCCAGCCCAGAAUGUUGUGCUGACAGCAGUAGUUCUAAAAGUGAUUCAGGCGGCACCCCAGCACCUCCUCCCGGACCGCGAUACAAGCUCGCCGUAGAAGGUUCUCUCAGGAUCUGUUGCUUUCAACACACCAGGACUGUCGUGGAUAAAAUACUCACCGCCAAGUUCUUCAGGAGAUGGGAAACUCAUGUACUCUGCAUGCUAGAGGACCACGUCGUUUCGAAAACUCCCUCUGGUCUGCUCGAGCGUCCCUUAUCGUACAGCUGCAUGCAGGAAGUGUACUGCAUCUCUCGCUGGGAUCCUGCGAGAAAAUACUGCCUACGAAUAGUGAUGCCUCACGGAUCACUUCUCCUGCAGGCCAACGAUGCUUACACGAGAGACCAGUGGUAUUACUCAAUUGUGUGGAGGAGAAAUAUGAUAAGAUACCGCAAUUUCUUAACCAAGUCCGUUAGAAAAGAAGUUGUGCUGAAAGAAUUAAAGAAUAUGAUAGACUUCGCAAUGACUACACCACUGCAAGAUGAAAGCGUGACUCGUGCGCCACUGCAAAUUCUUACGGACUUGCUUUCAGAGAACAAGGAUAGUCCAGAUUGGGAAGAAUGGGCGGAAAACAUAUCGAGUGUCGCGGCGCCGCUGCUCGCCGAGCGUUGCGUCAACGGCGAGCUGUGCGCGUUGCUCGCGCGGCUGUGUCGGCACCGGCCGCGCUCCGCUCCGCUCCCCGCUCUCGCUCCGCCUGUGCGACGCGUCCUCACCCGAAACGUUGACUUCGGAAAAGCGCCUGAUGCUCGACAAUUUGUGAGGGACUACAUUAGUGCUCUAAGUGCUCACAACUCCGGGCACAGCCUGGUGCGUCGGUUCGUGGAGGUGACGCACGGCAGCGGCGCGGCCUGCCCCCACCCCCGCGCGGCGCCCAACCUGGCGUCCGUGGCGCUGGCGGCCUUGGACGACCACUACCGCGACCGGCCUUCGCCGCACAUCUGCGACGAUACUGAGUACGAGGUGCUGUGCUUCGCUGAUAUCCUGGAGCACAUGUGUGAAUAUGAUGAUUGGCUAGUGGUGGUAGGCGGGGUGCUACAGCCAGUGCCCCUGUCAGCGUCCGCGCUGAGCUGCCCGCGGGUCGCGUCGCGGCUGGGCAGUGUGCUCAACAGGCUGGCGUGGGACCCGCGCUGCGCGGCGCACACGUGCGUGGCGCACGCACGCGCCGCGCGCCCCUCCCCCCCUUCCUGGCUGCGAGCCACUGCCCCCUCCGACCCUGCGCUGGCACUACCACACGAUCAGUUGUGUCAACUUUGGGGAGAUAUGCUGAAGACUCUACUAAGCUGUUGCUGUAAAAGAAAAAGUUUUCUCCAAAGUAUGAGCAAACAUCUUCCAGAUUUUCUAAUAGUUGGACUCGCAGAACAUCCCGCAGCAUUAGAGGCCUUAUGUCUCAUGCUAGAAUGGGAAGUAGCUAGUGGGGAGCAAACGCAGCUAGAAAUAAUAGCAGCACUGCAAGGCACUGAAGUAGGACGACAGUAUUAUAAGGAUUUGUGUGAGCGGCAACAAACAUUACAAAGACUACAAUCGCAAGGCGGCCCUCGGCGACUAGCGCUGCCGGUGCGCGCGACCGACGCAGACGUUGCCGCGCUUUUGGAAGCGGGCGCGCUCGGAAACCUCGAGUGCCUCAGCCUCGCCUUCACCAGUGUCACUAGCGCCUGCGCUCACCACCUCAUCAAGCUACCCUCACUGCGCUAUCUAAAUCUGUGGGCCACGAAGUUCGGCGACAGCGGCGUGCAGUUGAUUGCAGAACAUCUCCCUCGCUUGCAGGUGCUGAACCUUUGCGAAACGCCAGUGUCAGAUAAGGGGAUUGAAGCAUUGUCAGGUCUGUCCAGUCUUCGGCGGUUAAACCUGAACAGUACAAAACUAUCGGCAGAGGCUUUCGAAAUUUUGAGGAAGAGAUUGCCGCAGCUUCAGGAGUACGACAUCCGUUACACAGAGGCUUGGUGACAGCGGGCGUCGGCGCGGCGCCCUUCCUCCUAUUCUAAUAAGGAUCUCAUGUGUUUUAACUUGUUUUAAGGGCUGGAUCAGGCCUAAUGUGCAUCUGAUAGCAGUGCUGUCACAAAGCCGCUAUAUUCUCUGAACCAGAGCUGGCAUUGUUAUAAUUUAAAUAUGUUCAAAUCAAGCGUUUUCAACAUGUUUUAAGUUAAAAUAUAAGGAGUCCUUUUUGCCUUUGGAGAUGCGGAACUCUAAAACCAGUUAGUUUUAAACAUGUUUUGUCCUGUUGUUUUUUAAACAGUUUUUUUCCAACCCGAACUGAGCGACACAAAGCGAUAGUCCUGGGCAAAUACAGUUCCAGUUGGUUAGGUCUAGUCUAGCCCUAAAGCUGAUCGCACACUAGAGGCAAGCCGCAAGACCCCCACUGGCUUACGCAAAGCUUUUUUUAAAGUUACCAAAAAUGAGCUGCGCCAUGUAAAUGUUGUUUCUGAGAAAAUGCAACUGACGUCAAUUUUCAGCAAUUAGUAGCUAGGAAAAUAAAACGAUUUGCAUUUGGCGCAUGCAGCUCGCCUUUUACUUUAGUAUGCGAUCAGCGGAGUUGCAGGAAAGAUUGCUGAAUAAUUUUUUAAAAGUAAUAGAUACUAAUGGAUAUAUGUUGCGAAUGAAUAGGGGACUAAAACGAAGGAGAAAUAAACCUUUUUUAACAGCUUAUCGUGUAGGUGACAUAGUAUAGGUAACUACAUGGAUCGAAUUUAUUUACUCUCCUGUGAAUUGUGAUGGCUAUUUCAAUUCGUCUGAGAAUCUUCAAUGUUUUUCUAUUAGAACAAACAAUGUCUGCUAUCUAUUCUAUUUACUUAAGCAUUUAUAUCUCUUUAUUAUUUAACCUUCAGUGUUAUAUCAAGGUGUCUAAUAUAUGCUAAUAAAUUUCCAAGUACAUAGGUAGGUUAGCAAUCAAUACUCAUUACCUAUUUUUAGUUUAGGUAACAUUAUUGUUACUAUCAAAGCUAUCACUUCUCUACAUGUGGUUCAUCGGGCGCCUUAUCUCAUCAGUUAUCAGUCUAAAACAAUAUCUUUUAAUUAUCUUUACGACUAUUCAAUUAAAGAGCGCACACGGCUGCAAACAAUGUAUAUUUAUCAGCCACUUGGAACAUAAUAUGAUAACACCAACCGAAUUUAUAAAUUCAUUAUGAAACAUUCGAUGCAUAAGUACGGUUAGACUUUGCUAUAGUGUGCAACCUCCAUUAACUUUACCGGUGUCAGGCGCGGAUCCAGCCCUCAAAAAAGGUUAUGGUCCCAGCUACCCGAAAAUCGGUCAAGUGCGAGUUGGAGCAUGAACUCGCUCAUUAAUAAUAUAGUGCAUUCAUAUGAAAAAUGUUUACAAAGUAGUUAGGUAUAUGACACUUUGACCAAGAUUUUGUACAGUGCACCACCGAACACGAUAGACCGUGGAGUUGUGACGUCACAAGUCUAUUAGAGUAGUGGGCAUGCCCAUCGUGCCCACAACGAUGGAUUCGCGCUUGACGGAUGUAAACUUAUAUGGGUAAAUAGAUAAAACAUUAUGUAUUAGGUAGGUUACGUACCCUCAAACUUGUGUAAAAAUAAUGCAUAUAACUUAGGUGCAUUACUUUUACACAAUAUUAUAUGUGUCCUGCACUCCCCACCUUUACUAAAUUAAUUAUUAUUAUUAGGUAGGUAAGUAAGUUGGUGUAUUGUGUGGAUGUAUGUUAAUAACUUAUUUCGAAUUGAACUUGUAAAUAAUGCUAGGUAAUUUUAAAGAGUGACACCAAACUUUAUUUAUUAAGGUCUUCAUAGUAUUAAUACGCUUGAAUUGUUAGUAUUCAAUUGUUAAGUGUAUAUUGUUAUCUUAGGGAUUUUUUCAAUACAUUUGCUCGUAAAGCGGCUCUUGUUUCACCGCUAUUAAAAAUUUAAAGUAGACUUAAUAGCAUAAUUAUAAUUAACAUGAGCGACAAAAUAUUGCCGCAGUUAUUGAAUAAGCAGUAAUUUUCGUUAUCGCACUAGUGCGGUAAUAUUAAUUAUAACGUUCGCUCAACAGAAGCUGAAUUGAGGCCUCCAUUUUUAAUCGAGCGUCGCGUUGUUCCCGUUGAGUCACACUCCUGUGAGUAGCACUGUGACACAAGGAGAAUAGUGACACAAGAGGAAUUUUAUUUUCUCGAUCAGUCACAUUCGUGUGUAACAGUUUGAAUGAACGGGAAAAAUAAUAAUUAUCCUUGAGCUAUACUGUGACAUAACGCCACUUUUCGUUUCCCCUUGAUUCGCAUCAUUUCUGAAUAGAUCUAUUUAAAGUAGGAUAGUAGGAAAAGUUUUGUAACAAUCACGUACAAUUAAUAUUUAAACAUUCGUAUUAAAAACCUAUACGCUACUUCUUCUGUGGUGUUUGUUUUCCAACAAUAUCUCAAAAAUUGUCUUUUUUAAACAUAAUUAUGCAAUCAUCCAGAUGUCCUAUUAUUUUUAUUCACAAAUGUAUUGAAAAAAGUACGAUGCACGUGCGUCUUCGAAAUUAAAUUCUCGGUGCUAUUUGAAACCCUCGCCUACGGCUCGGGUGUUACAAUUUGCACCUCGACUAUAAUUUUUAACACACUGCACUUGCAAAUAACUAAUUAUAUUAAAGGUUGAUGGGGCUGUGAGAACUGAGGACUAAGAAUGGUCGCGACUUGUGUUGCGUUUGGUUUGAAUGACUGCCGAUCGUGUGUUCAGUGUGCAUGUAGCUUAGUUUUAAAUUGAUUCUUAAUACAAGGUAAUAAUUUUAGCAAGUUAUAAAAUAAAUGUUAUCAUAGAACUCUUCACAAUAAAAAAACCACUAUGUCCGAAUUUUAUACCUAGACAUUCAUUUCGAUUCUAAAAACAGAAGGGUUAGUACGAGCUCGCACAUCUCGGCAACGUUUAUAGAUUUCGAGUAGUUAGCUAACGAAAUACUAAAAUCAAACAAAAGUAAAAUGGCGCUAAACUGAACCGUUAUAAAGCUCAAGUUCGUUCAUACAUCUUCAGCCAGCGCCCCAAACGGAAACAUUGGUCAGUGGUACAAACAGUGACAUAGCUAGGUUUGCACCCGCCAGUGUAAGCGACGAUGCAUGAAAGGGUGGAAACCUGGUUUUGUCGCUGCCUCUACCUAAUGAUUAUACACUAUACAGACUGGAAACUAGGAGCUUCGGCUGCAUUUUACGUAUACAGCUAUGUGUGCUUAGUAUGAGAUUUUACAUUUCACCAACAUCAACAUUGAUAGAAUUCGAGUGCCGAAAAACAAAAACGUUAAGAGAGUUAAGAGAAAAAGGGGCAUUUUCCUUGAUUUAAAGUCAAAAAUUCACAAUGUUUCUACUUGGUGUAUGAACAAACUUGUGGUUGAAAACAUGGCAGUUACGCCAUGGCCAUCUUACUUAAACGCUGAAGUAUUUCGACCCUCGAAUUCUAUUAAUGUUGGUCAGUAACACAUACUGAUGUUUACAGUUUAUAGUCGAAAACUAGGUACCUAUCAAAGAUGUCGAGUUGUGCAAACUCGUACUAACCCACUGCAUAAUAAAUUGAUCUCACUAAUAAUAAUAUAUCUACUUAUCUUUAUACACAUAAAUCUACAUCAUGAUAAAAUAUAUAAUUAUACUGAAAAUUUAAGAAAUUUAGCUUUGUCAUAAUGUAAUUGUAGAAUUCAAGAUCGUUGGAGAAAAAUAUGUGAGAAAUAUUGAAUACCUACUUACCUUGUAAUAAGUGCGCCAUGUGGCCCUACAGAAUUUAUCGUCUUAGAUGAAUAUGUACCUAAAUUGAGCGCGGGCCUUAAAUGAUAGAAUAAUGAGUAAAGUUGUGUAUGGUGUGUGGAACGUUAAAUAAAUAGCAAAAUGUAAUUUAAAAAUACUGUCAUUUGAUAAAGAGGUUUAAGACUUAUGAAUUUUUAAUAAAAAAUAAUUAUAAUAAAAUA